AUAAAUGAACUUUACUAAAAGACAAACAACAAAAAAGUGUGUCUCAAACGUUCAAUUAGUUAAUCCAGUGAAGUGGUGAUGUGAAAAAUGGAAAAAAUUCUGCGUCAAGUAAAAUCGUUUUUCAAAGCCUUAUUAUGUUUCCUAAUUGCCUGCUGUCUGUUGCCGAUGGUGAUAUUGUCCUUUGUAUGUGUCCACUACAGUGAUGAGCUGGUUAAUUAUGUGCUUAGCAUCAAAUACCCCACACUCACCAUCUCAAAAUCCAAGAAGAUUCGUACUUUUGUCGAUACACCACGCAAUGCGGGAAUAUUUCACUUUCUUCUUCAAAUUAAAGGUCAGUGUGACUUUGAACAAAUAAGACAGUACUAUGCCGACAAUCUGACGGAUGCGCGUGACAAGGCUGGCUACUUGCGUUUUCCGAAAUUGCGCCAAAAGCUGGUGACCUGUUGGGGUCACUAUGCUUGGGUGAAUGAUAAUAGUUCCUUCAAUAUAAACAAUCAUGUUGUGCUCAGUGCACGCACGUAUCGUGGACGUCCAGUGAGCGACAGUAAUAUACAAGAUUUCGUAAGCGAAUUGGCCACUAAGUACAUACCGUCCGACUUGCCACAAUGGCAGGUAAUCAUUAUACCAACUGCAGUGACUACGUCCAAUACAACGAAUACAACAGAGGCUGAAAACGAAAAUACGUCAGCUGCGACACAAACCAUGGCCGAUCACUACUAUGUGCUCGUGAAAGUACACCAUCUAAUCAUAGCGGAAGAGGAAGAUUUACAUAUUAGCGAAAUCUUAAUGCUGCAGGAGAAUGGACGCAAACCAGUGAUAGAUAUCGAUCAAUAUGGUGGUAGACGGAAGUCGCAAGCCCUAUCCUAUUUCGUGCGUGAACCCGUGCACAUACGACGUCUGCUCCAACACAUUGCCGCGCAGAUAGUGAAUGCCUGGAAUGCUUUCAUCUAUGAGUUUGAAUCGCUAGAGACACCAGAUGGCUAUAGGCCCGUGCAUAUUACGAACGUUACGCAGUUGCUAUCGGUGUUACUGAUCGUCAGCGUGAAUGUGUGCAUCGAUUAUUGGCGCACAAUGCAAUUGCGUCAGAAGCUGCAACGGCGCUACAAUGUGCAGAAAGAUAACUAUGGUCGUCUCAGAAUAUUCACUAUGUUGUUGAUGAAGGAGAUCGAGCGACGCAAUAUCUCAUGGCAGUCGGCUUGGAUGUCGAUCUGCACUUCGUGGCAUCCAACGAAUAUUGUGAAGACUUGGACUAAAUUCUUGUGGCGACUCAAUAUUAACAAUACCAUCUUGCUGCCCUACCGCAUCUACUGCGAACUGAUGGCCAUACGUGAGCUCAUAUUUCGGGGACAAACUCAUCUAACGCACACGCAUGUGGGUCGCAUAUCGAUAUAUCUGCCAAUGUUGUUGUAUGCGCAAAUCGAAUUUCUCAAGAUAUGCUAUGAAAUCUUCAAGGCGCCAGUGAAUAUUUACGAAGAACUCUUUGUGAAACCUUCAAAAGAAGCGAAUAUACUGCAAUUGAAGUCAUAUUCUGGACGUAAAAUCGUUUCAUUCUCCAAGUCCAUCAAUGCCGCCGAAUUGCGUCAACGCCACAACUUUGAUGCGACGACUUGUGAAUCCGACUUCAUACUGGCCUGCCUCGCUGGCGCAUUACGUGAUUACUUCGCUGUGCAGAGUAGUCAGGCGCCAGUGCCACAGGUGCUCAAUACGACGUGUCGCACCAUUGCCAAGGGUUACUUCACGGAGAACACGGGCAAUAAGGCAGAGAAUAUUGGUGGUGUGGUCUUUCUACAAUUGCCGUUGCAGGCACCCAGCCGUGAGCUCGUCCAUAAAGUACACACGAUUGUGGAAGAUAUACGUCGCAAGCAAAUCAUGAUCUAUUUGGCGUCGCUGGGGCAAACACGCUUCGAUCUGCUGACCGCUUUGUUGCCGCGUGUGUUGACGAAGGUUUGUUUGAAUUUCUUCUCACACAAUUUUCCCGUUACUAUUACGGAGAUACACGGCGCUACGUCAGAUUUUGAAACACUCUGGGGUCAUGUGGUGGAGGAUGUAUUGCUCUUCAGGCCGCCGCAAUCGAAAACUUGUUUAUCUUUGAAUAUUCAUCGCUUUGGUGAUAGAUAUCGUUUGGCGAUAAUGGCCGAUACACAACUGGGUCCGGAUCAUUCUCAAAUAUCUCGUGCAUUUGAAAAUUAUAUAGAAACAUUACAACUAUGAAGGGGUUUCAACUUAUUCAUUCAUUUCUGUGAUUAAAUAAUUUUGUAAUAAAAGUCGGCUAACGAAA